CCCAGCGGCGGCUCCCCUGGGCAGAGCCAUCCCCAGCCCCGGCCCCGCUCCCCCGCCGGCCCCGGCCCCGGCCCCAUGUCCGCCUACCACUGGGAGGCCCGGCGCAGGCAGCUGGUGCUGGAGCGCAGGCGGCGGACCCAGCUCCUCCAGCAGAAGGCGGAAGAAGCCGCCAAGAAGGCGCCGGAGCAGAGACCUGACAUCAACCCCCCCGCGCCGCAGCCCCAGAAGCCCCCCCCGCCAGAAGUCACCUGCUCCUGCCAGUGCUGCCCAUGCAAGUGUCAUUACGUGACGAUAAGCAGCGCAAAACUGCCACGUAGAUACUCAGCUGUGCAAUACAUACAACAAUGGUAAUGACCGAGUAACCAGCAACGCAGGAAUGACUCCCCGUCUAGUAACAUGCCUUUAAGCACCAAGGAGAUCGAGAUAAGUGCAGCUGAAUCCAACACCAUAACGAAGCCAUCAGCAUGAAGAACACAUAGGACCUGCCGGUCACUUCCCAUUAGGGGCUGUAACCCUUAAUGUGUAAUAAACUCUCCACACCCACAGAACAUUCUGAGGGAUGGUCUCUCUUAGGCAACUAAGAGGACCUUGCAUUUGCACAUAGUCCAUUCACUUUGCCACCUCCCUGCUAAGACAGUUGCAACCAACUAAGGCCAGGUACUUUAUACGAAAACUAUGCUAAGUUCAGACAAAGAAAGCAGCAUCCUUAAGAAUUGACGUAGAACUUUUAAACUAGUGUCACCUGUCCACACACUGAAAAUUGAUUUGAUAGACAAAAUUCUGAGGAAAGUGACAAUUUUAGCCAGUUACACUCCGCUGCUUACAGUCGGUCAGGAAUCAGAUUGUCCUUCCCAGUCCAAGUUAGUAUUGUUCAACUGCGCGCCCACCCCCCUUUUUCUUUGGGGGGGGGGAGACAAGGAAGCUCUGACAUGUCUUGUAAGUUGUUAUUAUUGGAAAAACAUUUUGCCAGUGCCAGCAUCGGCACAGCUCAGGAUUUUUUACACACUGCUUCUUUCCUACCCUGACACAUUCAUCCUUCCAACAGCUGCUAACAGAGUGACUGUGGGGGCUCCAUCCCUCCUCACCUAAUUGCACUAACUUUAAUAACCCACAGAGGGGAAGACAAACCCUUUCCCCACAGCAGUCCAUUGUAGAUACUGAAAAUGUUCUAGUUAAGAGGCCAAAUUCUAACCCACAGAAACAUCAGGCAGCAGAGGAUAGUUUUGUGCCUUAAGAACAGGACUGGGAGUUAGGAGAUCUAGGUUCUGGUCCCAGCCCUGCUGUUAACUCAUUGCAUGACUUCAGACAAGUCCCUUUCCUUUCAAUUCCUUAUCUGUAAAGCUGAAAUAGUCACACAUCCCUUCCUCAUGGGGUGGGUUGUGAUGAAAAUGCACUGAUGUACGGGAGGUGAUCAGACACUGAAGAAAGGCCUGUAAAUAGAA